CAUUCCCUAAUGAUUGUUACACUAUAGAUCAGGUCUUUUCUAGUUUUAUUAAUGACUUUCUUUGCUCUGUGCUAAAACUCUUGCAAAGAGAUAGAAAGAGACUGAGCCUAAUCGCUUCUUUCAUCUGCUGUAAGAAUCAGUAGUUUCAGAGCCGGCAUAAUCACAUUAAACACCUUAACCUCGAAGCAACCCUACACAUCAUGUGUGCCGUACCAAAGGUCACACCUAACCCUACUGCUAACCCCCCUAUAGAAUGCAAUAGACUAUAAUAAAGCUGGGAAGGCAAUCAUGCAUUUCAAUCAGAUAAGGGCUUAUUACCAAGGAAAGGACUGAGUGUUCCUCUUCUCAAUGGACCGUGGAACCAGUGAACUAAAGAAAGACUUCUGCUCUCUCCCUUGUAGCUGCUGCUCCUCUAACCUGCUGUAAAUGGACAACCAGAAGAGCGUUUUUGCUGCCAAGCAAGUGACAGGGAAUCUGACAUUUUCACUGUUGGCAGUUUCAUUGCUUUCCUCUUUUGGAUCUUCUAUGCUUUAUGGAUACAACUUAUCCGUGGUCAACUCCCCUUCUGAGUAUAUAAAAGCAUUUUACAAUGCCACGUGGAAUGAACGAUACGGGCAACCACUUGCCCAAAGUCCACUGACACUCAUGUACUCUUUGACUGUGUCAAUCUUUGCUCUGGGAGGAAUGCUCGGCUCUCUGCUUGUUGGAAUCCUGGUGUCAAGGUUUGGAAGGAAAGGCACGAUAAUUAGGAGCACACCCCUGGUCUUUAUUGCGGGCGGCUUGAUGGGACUCAGUCGUAUAUUUUCAUCCCCUGAAAUGAUAAUGAUUGGGAGGUUCAUUACAGGCAUCCACUCAGGCAUUUCUCUCAGUGUGGUACCCAUGUAUUUAGGAGAAAUUUCCCCAAAGAACUUGCGUGGACUAUUAGGACUUGUGCCAAGUAUUUUUAUUUGCCUUGGUGUAUUUUCUGCACAGGUUUUGGGUCUCCCUGAGCUCUUGGGGCAGGAUGAAACAUGGCCUCUUUUCCUUUCUCUGGUUGUGGUACCUACCUUUGUUCAACUCGUGCUCCUGCCUUGGUUUCCAGAAAGCCCUCGUUACCUUCUCAUUGAUAAAAGCAAUGAACAUGCCACUGUUGAAGCACUAAGGUGUUUCCUUGGAGAGUAUGAUGUCCAAGAUGUCAUUGAAGAGAUGCAAGAAGAGCAGAAAUCCCUCUCAAGCGUUGAGACUGUCUCAGUGUGCCAGUUUUUAUCGGACCAUACCUUGUUGUGGCAGAUUUUAUCUGUUGUUGUGAUUAAUAUUGGUAUGCAGCUUUCUGGAAUUGAUGCUAUCUGGUUCUAUACCAACUCCAUAUUUGAAAAUGCAGGAAUUCCAUUGGCUGAGAUCCCAUACACAACAGUGGGGACAGGUGCAAUUGAGAUAGUUGCCGGCUUGAUUGGGUGUUUUACUGUUGAAAAACUGGGCAGACGACCUCUUCUCAUUGGUGGAUUCAGUUUCAUGGGUUUCUGCUGUGCUGGAAUCACAUUGGCAUUGGUGUUUCAGGCCAGGAUUCCUGUUAUGCGCUAUGUCAGCGUGGCCUGUGUGAUUGGGAUAAUUGCUGGGUUUUGCAUAGGACCAGCUGGACUCCCAUUUAUCAUCACCGGAGAACUUUUCACACAGUCUCAUCGCCCUGCUGCCUACAUUGUGGGAGGAACACUAAACUGGUUAUCCAACUUUACUGUAGGAUUUGUCUUUCCUUUCCUUCAGAUAUCGGCUGGCGCGUUCUGCUAUAUGGUAUUCUGCGGAGUUUGUUUGUUUGUAGCUGCCUAUGUUUACUUUAUCAUCCCUGAGACCAAGAACAAAACUUUUAUGGAAAUAAGCCUGAUGUUUUCAUCCCCAAAGUCCCUAGUGACCCAGGAAGUGAUUGUAGAUGAUUUCAAACUUACGAAGCUGAAUGGAUAUGGUGCGAUGGAGAGCAGCUCCUUUGAAUUAUCUUGACAAGAUUGGUGAGAUGCAAAAACUCUCAACUCGAUAUUACAGGACCCAGAUUCUUCUGGAACUUUAGGUUUUCACACUAUAGGAUGGACUGGUCUGGCAGCUGAUUAAAUAUUCCAACUGGACAAGCCAUUCCACUGUUAUUUUAAAGAACAGAAUUUCAAAGGAAAAAAAAAAACUUUAAAGAGCAAAUCAAAAACACUUUUAAAAAAUAAUAAAAACCUCUAAAACCAGUUCUCCAUAGUAUUGUU